AUGUUUUCCUGUUCAAGACGAGUCCUCGGCUCUCGUCUUGUGACCGGCGUGUCUUUAAGACGUGUACGGCUCGCAAGCACCGUUUCGGACAUCAAUUGGAACGGAAAUCGGCCAGCUGGUGCUGGAAUUCCAUAUGCUGGCUCUUCCUUGUCCAAAUCGACGUCUUUGCCCUCAACGGAUUUGUUUGACUUCAAGUCGAAAAAAAACGAUCCCGAGUCCAAGGACGACUCCAAGAAGAAGGACAAGGACAUCAAGGAUCAGGACAAAGACAAGAAUGACAAAUCUGACGUCUCCAAAGACCAGAAGCCGUCGUCUUCCACUCCGGCUUCCUCUGCGGGAGCGAACUCGGUGGGGUCUGCUGGAAACUCGGGCUCCGAUGAACCGCCUGAGGAUGGUUCAUCCAACAACAGCCCUGCAGCCUUUGAAUUGCCAGAGAUCUACCCUCCGAUCAUCGGUUUGCCCAUCUCCAAGCGGCCGUUAUUCCCUGGGUUCUACAGAUCCGUGAUCAUCACAGAUGUGAAUGUGAUCAAGGCCGUCAAGGAGGCAACCUCUACACAGUACCCAUUCAUUGGAUGCUUCUUGUUCAAGGACGAGAACAUGGAAGGUGAUGUGAUCAACUCGAAAGAUGAGGUGUUCAGCACGGGUGUUUUGGCCCAGAUCACAUCCAACGUUUAUACCAGAGACACAGAGACCGGCGUGGAGACGCUGACCACGGUGUUGUUCCCUCACAAGCGUAUCAAGAUCGACGAGCUGUUUGUUCCUAACGUUUCAAAAGCCAAACACUCUUUCGUGAAAGUGUCAAUCCCGGAGACCGGCGAAGUUUCCGAUAAGCAGAUCAUCGACGGAAUCACCGGCGAAAAAGAGGGCGACGAGCCAAAGUCUCCUGCCGAGGUGACCAAGCCUGCUGAUGAGGACGUUGUGAUCGAUGAGGAUGACGAGUACAACCCAACAGCGUUCCUAAAGAACUACCCAAUCAGUUUGGUGAACGUCUCCAACGUUGAAGACGAGCCAUAUGCAGAGAGAGAUCCUAGAGUCAAUUCUUUGACUGCCAUCACCUUGGAGACACUCAGAGAGAUCACCAAGCUCAACAAGCCUUUCAGCGACCAGCUGCUUUAUUUCAUCAGCUCGUUGAAAGGCGACGUCUACUACCAUCCUGAAAGACUGGCCGACUACGCUGCUGCCGUUGCCGCUGCCACUCCUCAGGAGUUGCAAGACGUGAUGGACUGUACCAAUAUUCCAGAUAGACUCGACAAGGCAUUGAACUUGUUGAGAAAAGAAUUGAUGAACAAAGAACUGCAGAAACAGAUCGAGCGUGACAUCGAGGAGAGAAUGGCCAAGAGACACCGUGAGUACAAUUUGCAAGAGCAAUUGAAGUGGAUCAAGAAGGAGCUCGGCAUUGACGACGGUAGAGGCAAGCUGAUUGCCAAAUAUAACGAGCGUGCUGCCAAGUUGAAGUUCCCCGAGGAGGCCGAGAAGGUUUUCCAGGAGGAGAUCAACAAAUUGCAAACUCUGGAGCCAUUGAUGGCCGAAUACGCUGUCACUAGAAACUACUUGGACUGGCUGACAAGCUUGCCAUGGGGAAUUCACUCCAAGGACAGCUACGAUUUGCAGGUUGCCAAAUCGGUUUUAGACGAUGACCAUUACGGUUUGGAUGAGGUCAAGGACAGAAUUCUGGAGUUUAUUGCUGUUGGAAAGCUGUUGAACAAGAUCAACGGUAAGAUAAUCUGUUUUGUUGGACCACCCGGUGUUGGUAAGACCUCGAUUGGAAAGUCCAUUGCAAGAGCUUUGAAUCGAAAGUUUUACCGGUUUUCUGUUGGAGGACUGACAGAUGUUGCCGAAAUCAAAGGUCAUAGAAGAACAUAUGUGGGAGCCAUUCCUGGACGUAUGGUGCAGGCAUUGAAGAACACCGAGACGGAGAAUCCGCUGGUUUUAAUUGACGAGAUUGACAAGAUUUCCGGUGCUCACCAUGCGAGCGGCGAUCCGUCUGCUGCGCUGCUGGAAUUGCUUGAUCCGGAACAGAACUCCAACUUUAUGGACUUUUAUCUGGAUGUUCCUAUCAACUUGUCGCAGGUGUUGUUUGUCUGUACUGCCAACACCUUGAGCACUAUUCCUGCUCCGUUGUUGGAUCGUAUGGAAGUGAUUGACAUUGCUGGAUACGUUGAGGACGAGAAGGUGAAGAUUGCCGAGAACUACCUCAUUCCUGCGGCCAAGGAGUCUUCUGGACUGAAGUCUGUGAACGUUGAGCUCCAGGAGCCUGCAUUACAGGAACUUAUCAGAGGCUACUGCCGUGAGAACGGUGUUAGAAACCUCAAGAAGCAGAUCGAGAAGAUCUAUAGAAAAGCUGCGCUUGCUGCCGUCAAGGUCGUGGAUGGUGUUGAUUUCGACAAGAAGGUGGAGGUGAAGUCUAACGAGAAGCCAGAGAAAUCCGAGAAGCCAAAGGAGACCAAGGAGACCAAGAAGACCGAGAAGGAAGCUGUUAAGACUGCUAUCGAGGAGACCAAGGAGGAGAAAUCCGAGGAAUCCGAGAAGAAGGAAGAGGAGGAGGAAGAAGAACAGCCGCAGACCGUCAUUCCUGAGACUUACAAGGUGGAGAUCACUCCACAGAACCUGAAGGACUAUGUUGGAUCGCCAAUUUACACUGCAGACAGACUGUACGAGACUACACCACCUGGAGUUGUGAUGGGACUGGCGUGGACCUCAACGGGAGGUUCUGCGUUGUACAUCGAGUCUAUUUUAGAGCAUGCGAUCAACAAGGACUCGACACCAAAGGUGGAGCGGACCGGACAGCUGGGAGACGUGAUGAAGGAGUCUGUGCGGAUAGCGUACUCGUUUUCCAAGAUGUUCCUUGCCAAGCGUUUUGUGGAAAACCGGUUCUUUGAUCGGGCGCAGAUGCAUUUGCACUUCCCUGAGGGUGCGACUCCGAAGGACGGGCCUUCUGCGGGAGUUGCGAUCACGUCGUCGUUCCUGUCGCUUGCCCUGAACCGGCCUUUGGAGCCGGACGUUGCGAUGACGGGCGAGCUGACGUUGACGGGCCGAGUUCUGCGGAUCGGCGGCCUGAAGGAGAAGACUCUGGCGGCCAGACGGUCUGGUGUCAAGACGGUGAUCUUCCCGAAGGACAAUCUGUCGGACUGGAACGAGCUGCAGGACAACAUCAAGGAAGGCCUGACUCCUGUUCCCGUUGAGUGGUACGACGAGGUGUUCACCAAGCUGUUUGGCGACGUGACGUCUGCGGAGGGCAACGCCGUUUGGAAGAAGGAGUUCGACGCCAUCGACGCAGCAGAGGCCGACAAGAAGUAA